AUGCACCAUGAUUGUUCUCCGCCCAUUAUCCAUCGAGACAUCAAAUCAAGUAACAUCCUUCUGGACAAUGAAUUGAAUGCAAAAGUUGCAGAUUUUGGACUAGCAAAAGUCCUGGCCAAACAUGGACAUACUGAGACAGCUUCUGCUGUUGCUGGGACUUUUGGUUACAUUGCUCCAGAGUAUGCUUAUACAGCAAAAGUAAGUAUGAAGAGCGACGUCUAUAGCUUUCGUGUUGUGUUGUUGGAGCUAGUUACCGGAAAGGAACCUGUUCAUAGAGAUGAAGACAUGAACCUUGCACAGCGGGCAUGGAAACACAUUGAAGAAGACAAACUUUUUGAAGAUGCUUUGGAUGAAGAAAUCAAGGAAUCAGCAAACUUGAAAGCAAUGAACGACGUGUUUAAGUUAGGGCUGAUGUGUACUAACAAGGUAGCUUCCGUCAGACCUUCCAUGAAGGAGGUAUUGCAAGUUCUUUUACUCUUAGCUACUAAUCAUCAUUCAUAGGAAGGGAUAGAUCAUAGAAGGUUAACCUUUACUUUGGCUACUAGUAGUUGCUCAUAGUUAGUAUCAAAAUAUGAAAAAUUGUUGUAUUUCAUAUUGUGAGAUUAUUUGCUAUUCAUUUAUCCAUUCAUUGAUU